CCUGUCAUCCCCCUGCUGGCCCUGCCCGGCGCUUCUCGCCGGGCUCUUUACAAUGUAUCAGUAGCUGCGCUACUAGUGGCGGAAACUGCACCUCGGAGGCGAGAGGACCGGACACCGAAACAGAGUGGAUUUUAUCAGGAUAAAGUACAAAGCGGACAUAGCGAGAGUUUACGGGUUACCAUUGUAUUGUGCAUUCCGGAAUUUCCCCUCCCCCUCCCGGGAUCAGUCCGAGGGCAGCGGAGGAUCCGGGAUGUGAAACCGGAUUAUUGGAAUCUGUCUCCGAAUACCCCGAGUGAUGGGGGAAGGUGAACUCAGUCACCGGGAUCCUUGAUUUCCUCUCGCCUCCAGAGGCCCCAAUUACCAGGUCAAAUCACCGUAUGACCCUCACUCAUUGACUAUGUCCGUAAAGGAGAAUCCGUGCAAGAAGUUCCAGGCCAAUAUCUUCAAUAAGAGCAAGUGUCAGAACUGCUUCAAGCCCAGAGAAUCACAUCUGCUGUCUGAUGAAGAUCUGAACCAGGCCAAGCCCAUUUAUGGAGGAUGGCUUCUGCUGGCGCCGGAGGGUACAGACUUUGACAAUCCUAUGCACCGAUCACGGAAAUGGCAGAGAAGGUUCUUCAUUCUGUAUGAACAUGGGCUGCUGCGCUACGCACUGGAUGAAAUGCCCACCACACUCCCUCAAGGAACAAUUAAUAUGAACCAGUGUACAGACGUCAUAGACGGGGAAAGCCGAACAGGACAGAAAUAUUCUCUUUGCAUCUUAACCCCAGAAGAACAUUUCAUCAGGGCUGAAAACAAGGAAAUAAUUAACGGAUGGCUAGAGAUGCUGGUUGUUUAUCCUAGAACCAACAAGCAAAAUCAGAAGAAAAAAAGGAAGGUGGAACCUCCCACACCACAGGAACCUGGGCCAGCCAAGAUGGCCGUUACCAGCAGCGGAAUCCCCAGUGCAGAGAAAAUUCCAGCGACCAAAUCCACUUUGUGGCAGGAAGAGAUAAAGGGCAGAGAUGUGCAAGAAAAUAGCAGCCCCCUCCAAAGUCCAUUACAGAUGCCAUCCUCACCCACUGAGCCCUUGCCAGAUAAAGUAGAUGGAGGCCUGAUGAAUGGAGAUCGUCCUGAUGGUGGGCGUAAGACUCGAGUGGAGAGUGGAUACUUUUCCUUGGAGAAGACGAAAGAUUUGAAGUCUGAAGAGCAGCCCAUACAAACACCACCCUCACCCUCCACCCCAGAAGCUCCCAGCAGGUACAGUUACCCCAAAACACAAAGCCCAGACCAAGACCCCUUCCCUCCUUCAGGUAAUGAGCUCAGUCAACAGCAUGAACCCCAGUCAGAAGAGAGAGAGGGAUCAAGGCAUUUCUCUCUUCAUCUUGCCAACCGGGAAUAUGCAAUCCUGGCGGAUGUGCCACGGGCUCGGAGAAUCAGCCACAAAGAUGCCUUCCAGGUAGAAAAGAAGAGACUGGAGCAGCGGAUACGGGCAAGGAGCCCAGGCAGGGAAGAAGUCGCACGCCUUUUUGGCCAGCAAAGGAGGCGGUCUAUUGUAAUUGAAAAGUUUGAAGCUUUGGACAUAGAGAAAGCAGAACACAUGGAUACCAAUUUCACCAGUGCAUCAAGCAGCAAUGCACGACAGGGGCGAAGUGAAAAGCGCACUUUCCCCAGAAAGCGGGAUGAGACAGGAGUUGGCGCAAUCCCAGAUGUAUCUGCAUCCCAUAUGUCUCCAUACCGCAGAGCAAAAUCCCUGGACCGUCGAUCAACAGAGUCCUCAAUGACGCCUGAUCUGUUGAACUUCAAGAAGGGCUGGCUGACCAAACUAUACCCAGAUGGACAGUGGAAGAAGCAUUGGUUUGUGCUUACUGAUCAGACCUUGCGGUAUUAUAGAGAUUCUGUGGCAGAGGAGGCCGCCGAUUUGGAUGGAGAAAUAAGUUUAUCAACCUGUUAUGAUGUCACGGAACAUCCGGUCCAGAGAAAUUAUGGCUUCCAAAUUCAUACUAAAGAAGGAGAAUUCACACUAUCUGCAAUGACUUCAGGCAUUAGAAGAAACUGGAUCCAGACUAUCAUGAAGCAUGUGCGGCCCAGCUCAGCUCCUGAUGUCACUAGCUCCCUGCCAGAGGAGAAAAGUAAAACCUCCAUCGCAUCCUCCUACAACUCCAGCUCCUUACACAGUGACAAGCAGGAACCUGACCAUUCAGAUACAGAAGUUGAGCAGAAGAGGAGCCGAGCAAGAGAACGCAGAAGGGAAGGCCGCUCUAAAACGUUUGACUGGGCUGAGUUUCGUCCUAUUCAGCAAGCGCUGGCGCAAGAGAGGGCUCAAGCUGCAGAGGCUUUGAAGUCCUUGCCCUCCUAUGAUACCACUGACUGCAAGACUGACUUGGGGGAGUUAGAGAGAGAGAGAGCCCGUCGUAGAGAGGAGCGUCGGAAGCGUUUUGAGAGCACAGAUUCCGUGGAGGAGUCUACGGGAGAAGACGCUUCUCGCAUGGAGGUUGACAAAGGGCCAGUGUCUCCGAAUGUUCAAGUGGAGAUAGAACAGCGCUGGCAACAGGUGGAGACCACCCCUCUGCGAGAAGAGAAGCAGAUACCAAUAUCACCCCUGCCACUCUCUAGUACCACUAAAAACUGCCCUUCAGAAGACAUUACUGCCCACCUGGAGAAGCAGCUAGAGCAAAGUCAAAAGGAGGUGUCUGACCUCCUUGAGCAAAACCUCGUCUUGCAGCAGCGACUUAAAGAAGCAUUGGAGCAGCAGCAGAGCGCAAGGGAUGGAUAUGUUUUGCAGACUGAAUUGGCAGAUCCUUCACCUGAUGCUUGGGAAAGACUCCAUAAAGUCAAUGAAGACCUUCAAAAUGAACUGGAGGCUCAAAGCAAACGUCAGGAGCUGCUCAGUCAUCAAAUGCAGACUAUAAAACAUAGCUAUGGAGAAGCCAAAGAGUCUAUCAGACAGCAUGAGGCCGAAAUUCGUAGCCUGCAGGCACGUCUCAGCAGCACGGUUACUGAGCUCUCCAUAAAGGAGCAAGCCCUGAUAAAACUGAAAGGAGAUUUGGAGAUAGAAAAGGAAAAAGUGAGGGAGAUAAUGGAGGAAGGGCAAAAUACAGAAGCUUCACUGACUGCACAAGUGAGGGCCAGCCAGCAAAAGCUGAAAGAAGCAGAGUCUCUGCUUUUAGUCAAGACUCAAGAAUUAAGGGAACUUGAAACUGAACAAGCUUUGCAGAAGGACUACCAGAAGGAAAUGCAGAGACUACAAGACAAGCUUGCAGAGCUGAGCUUUCAGCUGGCAGCCAGUGAACAAGCACAGGUUCUGACAGAAGAGAGACUGCAGAAGAACUAUGAGGAAUUACUUGUGAGUUGUGAGAAGGAGAAGCAGCUUUUGCUUAAUAAUCUUAAAGAAACAGAGGAGAGGCUUGUGGAGUAUGAAGAUAGGCUCCAAGAGAAUGAACAGCUGAUGGAAGUUCUGCAGAAAAAAAAACUGCAUGCAAAUGCUGAAAACAGUAUAAUAGUCCAUCACCUUGAGGAGCAGCUGGUGAAAAAGGAAUCCAGAAUUCAAAAGCUGGAGGAAUAUGCCAAAGAGCUUGAAGAAGAAAUGAGUAGAUUAAAGUCAACAUGCCAAGAAAUGACUAAUCAAAUUACAGUUUCAGACACUGAAAAUGCGGAACUACAAGUCAAGCUAAAGAUGCGAGAGGUGGAAUAUUAUGAACUAGAAAACUCCCUGACUAAAGUGUCUGAGGAACUACUAAGCAUCCAAAAGUCACUAAGAGAAAAAGAAGAGGAAUUUCGGAGUAUCUCGGAAACGCACAGCAAAGUUGUGGAAAAAAAGGACCAGGAUAUUAACGAAGCACUUGUAAAGAUGGCCGCUUUAGGAUGUAGUUUGGAGGAGACUGAAAUUAAAUUGAAAGCCAAGGAAGAAGCCUUAAAUAGGUUUUACAGUUUUAGUUCAGAACCUCAAGCUAAAGAAAUUGAGAAACUGUGUGUGCAGUUGGAGGCUGCAAAAAAUCGGAUUGUAGAAUUGGAACAGAAUUUAAAAAAAGGAGAUGCAGGUAAUGAAGCAACAGGAAGUGAUAUCAUGGAGGUUAGUCCAAGUCAGGUCGAUUUCUCUUUAAAUCCUGCAGUACUAAGCAAAUAUUUUUCUACAGCAGAAGGAGGGCAAGACAUUGGAGCCAAAAGGCAAAGGAUACGUUUUUCCAGCAUCCAGUGCCAGAAGUAUGUGCAUGGGGAUUGCUCAGAAAAGACAUGGACAAGUAGCACUUCAUCUGAUACAAGCCAAGAUCGGUCUCUAUCAGAAGAAAGUGCGGCUUCUGAAGCAAUACCUCUAUGCCUGUCUUCUGUAGCUAGUGAUACUGAGAGCUAUCUUUCAACAGUCCACUCUCUAGAGACCAAGCUCUAUGUAACCGAAGAGAAAUUAAAGGACGUAACUUUGAAGCUGGAGAAUGAGAAAAUGUGUCAUCAAGAGACACUGCUGAAUCUUCACAGCCAAUGGGCAAUAACAGAAUCCAGUCUUAGAGAGCAGCUUCAGAGUAGCAUAAACCAGAUCAGUACAUUAGCUAAGCAACUGAAAGAUGAAAAGAAAGAAAACUUAGAAUUAACAAGGUGCUGCUCUGUAGGGAUUCAGAAAGAGUCAGUUUGCUUUUCAGAUGAAAGUAGUAAUAUAAGUCUCCUUAAUCCUGAAUUCAAAAUAGAUGAAAAUGAUUCCACUUUGUCCGACACAAAAUCUGCUCUAUUGAACACAUUUGGUAGCUCCCACCAAACUCAAAGUGAAAUAUUUGAUGAAGGCUAUUCAACAAUCGUGCAGGGCGCUGAUUGGAAUACUUCAGAAGAUACUGGUGUACAAUCCUCUGGAGACCCUCUCCGGAUAUUUACUGAUAAAAUAAGCUUUGUGUUUAGCUUGAUUAACAAAAUAGCAGAUGCUUUAAAAAGCACAAAUCCAGAGACUAUACAGAUUAUGCAGAAAAUAGACCAUACUUCAGAGCCUAGUGGAUUAUGUGACAGUAGAUCUCCUGCUGAUAUAUUGGUAAAUAAACUGAGCUUGGAAAGAGAAUUUUGGAGUAGAGCUGAAAGUCUUGGUACAACAAUAGUAAAACAUUCACAAGGCUCAGCUUGUGUGAGUGAAAUACAUUCGUGUUCUUGUGAAUGUCUCCAGACUCUAGCUGAUAGUACUUUAAUCAAGACUGAGCUUAGUUUUGUAACCCAGAAGAUGGAGUCUUAUUGUCAAUAUAUAAAUAAACUUGAGACUGAACUUCAAAAUACUAAAGCUGCACUACGGGAAGGGGGUGUAAUUGAUAGUGCCACUGGAUCAUACGGAUGCCUGGAAACGCAAGCUGACCAGCCUUGUUCUUCUCAUUACUGGUCAUUGAAUCAGACAGUGAGAUUAAAGGAGUCCUCUCUAAAUGAUGCAUUUUCAUUUCAGGAUGAACUUUCAAACUGUUUAAAGGAAAAAGCAGACCUUUUAAAGAAAAUUUCUGCCACUAUACUGUCUAUGCCUUCUCAUGAAUGUCAAACGGAUGUCCAGAAACUCCUAGACAUCUCCAAGCAGCUAUCCAGUUGUAGCCAAGCACUUUGUUGUUGUAACUCUUCAACUUUGCAUGUAUGGGAUGCUGUAGCGCAGGCUCAGAUGUACUAUGUUGCAUGUAAAGCCAGGUUAGAAUGUGAGAGAGAGGCAGAAAGUAAGAGAGAUGAUCUGUGGCACAAUUACUCCAAUACUCUGACCAGAGUACGCCAGGAAUACGAGGAGAUGCUACUCCAGAAGCAGAAAGAACUUUCGGAUUUAAUAGCUCUAAAUCAGAGAGAACAUGAAAUAUCUCAAGCUAUGAGUAGUCAGUCUGAAAGUGCUAAGAGAUGCUUCAAAGAAGCAGAACUGAAGUUCAAUGAGAGUAUGUCACAGCUAAAAUGUUACCAUGAAGAGGAGAUCAAAAACCUUAUGGAAAAAUGGACUGAAAUGGAGAACAUAUUAAAGGGUGAAAAUGCAGAAGCCAUAAGUAAACUAGACUCUUUAGAGCAGGUGAGACAAGAUGCAGAGAAAAAACAUAAGGAGCAAAUAGAAGAGUUACAGUCAACAUUCCAUAACAAGAUCCAAGAACUUAAGUCCUUGCACAGAGCCGAAUUUAUUUCUCAAGAAGAUCGAUACACCUGCAGCAUCCGCCAACUACAAGAUACGCUCGAUGCCUACCAGAGUGAUAUGCCAUCUCCAAAAGGAGAAGUCCGUAAAAGUUGUGUAGGAAGAGAGCAUCAAGAUUCUAGCAAGACAGACUCCAUAAAGGCUUUGAGAGAGAGAAUCCUUGAACUGGAGACAGAGGUUGACAUAAUGAGGGAGGAACUUGACUCUCAACACAUGGAAAGAAGCAUCUCAACUCUAAAAGAAAAAUACCAAGCCGACUUGGACAAUUUAAAGGCAACAUGUGAACGAGGUUUUGCAGCCAUGGAGGAGACUCAUCAUAAAAAAAUUGACGAUUUACUGAGGCAGCACCAUCGAGAGCUAGAAAAGUUACGAGAAGAGAAGGAUCGCUUGUUGGCCGAGGAGACUGCGGCGACCAUCUCAGCCAUAGAAGCAAUGAAGAAUGCUCACAGAGAAGAGCUGGAGAGAGAGCUGGAGAAGACUACCCGCUCGCAGAUCAGUAGUAUCAAUGCAGACGUGGAGUCUCUGCGGAGACAGUACUUGGAGGAGUUGCAGUCUAUCCAGAGGGAGUUGGAAGUCCUUUCAGAGCAGUACUCUCAGAAGUGCCUGGAGAAUGCCCACCUUGUACAGGCGCUCGAGGCAGAACGCCAGGCAUUGCGACAGUGUCAGCGCGAGAACCAGGAGCUCAAUGCACACAACCAGGAGCUAAAUAACCGCCUAGCAACAGAAAUUACACGGUUACGGAUACUGCUAACAGGAGAUGGUAGUGGAGAUGUAUCGCCGCUCACCCUUGGGAAGGACGCCUAUGAGCUGGAGGUUCUUCUGAGGGUGAAAGAAUCGGAGAUUCAGUACCAAAAGCAGGAGAUCAGCUCUUUGAAAGAUGAGCUCAACACAACACUAAAGGACAAGAAAUAUGCUAGUGACAAAUACAAAGACAUCUACACUGAGCUGAGUAAUGUUAAGGCGAAAGCUGAAUGUGACAUCAGUCGACUAAAGGAACAGCUGAAGGUUGCCACUGAGAUGUUGGGGGACAAGACUCCAGAGAAUGCGUCUGUACCUGGAUAUGAUAUUAUGAAAUCAAAAAGCAACCCAGAUUUCCUGAAAAACGACAGGUCCAGCAUUCACAGACAACUGCGGAACAUCAGAUCCAAGUCCGUAAUUGAGCAGGUCUCAUGGGAUAACUGAAAAGUUCCAGGUACCAAGUUCCUUGACGUGUAGAGUCUGAAAGAGGGGCUGACAGUCCAGGAGCGCCUCAAAAUUUUUGAAUCACAGGACUUUAAGAAGCACUAACGUCUAUCUCUGCUGUGCGUCCCCAUAAUGUGGGUGGAGAUGCACAGCGUUAAACCCUUUCUGCAUUCAGGGGACUCUGCAGUACAACUCCCUGCAUGUGAUCUGGCUUGGCUAUUUGUAGUUUCUUCUGGUGUUGGAUUGGUUUAAUCCUGUGAAUACCUCUCCAUCUCACUAUUGACCCUCCCUAGAAGGUUAACCCUAGCUGAGGUCACGGCACUUAACUGCCUCCUUCUCUCGACAGAGCUUUAACUCCGAAUUGUCAGUAUUAAGGCACAGCCACAGAUCAAUAAGCUAUCAGGUGUGAAUCUCUUUAAUAACGGGGCCUUUGGUGCUGUGUUCCACAGUGUAACAUUGCAAUAGAUAAGAAGGGACUUUUGGUGGAGAAUUGAAUCACAGACUGGAAAAUGUGACAGAAAAAUCCAAAUUCCGCAAACUCCCUAAAAUGUGCAUCAGUAUGUGUGUGCUUAUGUUUUGUGAUAUGAUUGUGUGAAACUGUACGGACUGAUGCGCAUGCGUGUAUACAAACAAGCUGUAAGAGACAAUUACUUAUCUUGCUCAAAAGUUUCACUGUGAAAUUCUUCUGAAUGUUUUUAUAAUAAAGGAAUUUAGACGUGAUUAUAUCGGCCCUCCCCCUGUUGCAAAAUCUUCAUUACAGCAACAGCUCAGAUUUUGGUUUUACUUUUGUUGCUUUGCAAUACUACAAAUCUGAUGAGAAAUUGCAGAAAUUAAUUUUACAGGUUACACUUUGUUUAAACCACUUUGAAUUCCUCAUAUAUUAAAAAAAAAAAAAAAAAAAAAUCACAUUUAUCAUUGGCUACCUCGAUCCUGCUAAAGAAAGUAGCAGAUUAAUCAAAUCUGUUAAGACAACUUGCUGUGUGUAGUUUGAAGAUCAACUACCACGCUAAGCAUCUUACAUAGUGCUUAGGUUGGGCUGCAUUCUCCAUAAAAUAACAGUGUGGUCAUGGAUGGUUUUUGUAGUGUUUGCCAAUUAAAUAGUUUGGUUAUCUGUCUUGACAAGUUUUUCAUAUCCAUUUCCCAGGAUACUCCAACAUUUAAUACCAUUAUGUACAGUGUGAGGGAGAAAGGCAGAAAAUUCUUAAAGUUGUACCUCAACUUAUGAUUUUGUUGUUGUUGUCCAAAUGCAACUUUAUGUAGGUCUUUGCAAGUGAUCCACUGCUAUAUAUGUAAAUGUUAUGUGACAGUGUCACUGUUCCCUUUUAAAGGGUUCACAGUGACCUUUGAAGUAAUGAAAGUUAUCUUUUAUGUUAAACAUUGGUAGGUGUUCUCCGAACGUGUCGGUACAAUAUUGUACUUCCUGGAGGAGCGUAUGACACUGCAUGAGUGCUGUAGGCUAAGGUUUUUUCUUUCGGGGGUUGGGAAGUAUAAAAGCAGGAUUAUCUAAAAUAUAAUGGAAAAACUACUUUUCUUCCAUAUUAUCUUUUCCCGCUUUUAAGGGUUUAACAUCUUGCUAAAUGUUUGACUCUUAACCCAUCCUCCUGAGAGCCGUACAGCUGUGCAGUGUUGUAGGUUAUGUGUAGACGACUCUUGUGUUUUGUUACGUGCGGUUUGGUUAGCGGAAGUCUGUAGUAAUGCUGAGCAAAGAACUGAAGAUUUUAUGGAUAAGGUUUAUUUGAAGAUGUAUAUUUGUAUGGAAGUUGCAUUUGAUUAGAGUUAAACUAUAUGAUCCCCAAUGUCACAUUAGUUCUUGUGAUGGACCCGUUGAAUUGGAAAUGCUACCACUAGAUGAUGCUAUGUUAACUGUUGUAUUAUGGAGAAUACAAAAUAACCUUAUCAUAAUUACAUUAGAUUUCCAUUAUCAGAGCCUUAUACUUAAAUAACCCUAAUUAUAUCAUUUUCCUUUUAAAGGUGACCAGUAUAUAAAAAAUAGACACCGAAACUGCAUUAAAUGCCUCCAAAGCCUUUAAUUUAUUGGUUAUCUAUGUUCAAAGUGGGCCAACUAAACACACUGCAAAGUAAGAUUAACCCUUGCUUUUGUAGCUGCACCCUGACUCUACCCACACGAAAGAAGCAGGCACUACUAGAUGUGUAGAAUAAAAUCUUUAAACUUUAUUCAAAUGUCCAAAAGUAAAGUCAGAAAGUGCAACAGGCUGACGCGUUUCGUGCCCCCUAGUAGUUGUCUGAGUAAGCCCCAAUAAAAUGCACUGCCAACUAAAGACUUACUGCAAAGUAAGAUUAACACUUGCUUUUGUCGCGGCACCCUAGUAUUUAAUGUUCCUCUAAUGAGGAGCAUAUUUAAAAAAUAUAAUCUAGGAAGUCUGGUAAGUUACAUUUGUAUCCCCUCUAAUAAAUACCCUCACUUACCUGGUACAAAAUAUAAAAAAUUGUGCCUCAAUGAAAUUGACAUUGUGAGUUCAUCACUCGUAUCCACCCUCACUAUGGCAAAGUUGAGAAACUGUUACCGCUGCUGAGACUUCAGUGUAUAGACACAAAUGUGGGCAAUGAACACACAAAAAAACAGCAACCCAAACUUAAGUAAUUUUUGGAUCUCACCACAUUUCAAGACCCUCUCGCUUUCCCACAAGUGUGUCCUGGGAAGCCCCUAUAGUAUGUCGGUGUCAAAACCAUUCUUGUUGAGUGUCCAUCAACCAACCAACACUGUAUAAGAUCUCGGUACAAGCAGGAAGUUCCCUGAGCUGUACCCACACCUCACGUGGUGUAAAUGUACAUAAAAUAUGAUCUGCUUUCUAAACUGCAGUUCCCUUCAUGCAAACUUGAAAAAGCACUGUAAGCAUAGGAGCCAGUCAAUUUUUGGUUCUUCACCUAGACGUAGCCACCAAUCAGCAAGCGCUACCCCUGUGCUGAACCAAAAAUAGUCUAGCUCCUAUGCCUUUUCAAAUAAAGAUAGCAAGAGAACAAAGAAAAAUUGUCAAUAGGAGUAACUUUUGCCUGUGGGGUGGCAUGAAAGUAUCUAAGGAAAGAUAUGAGGGUCACCAAUUUUAACAACAUUCAAAUAACAUUAGUUAUUACAUCUGUGGUUUAUUCCUUUUUUUAUUAUUAAGCAAAAACUUCUGCAUCAAUUUCACAGUGAAUAUGUGAGCAAGAAGUAUUGAAAAAUUAUUGAGAAAAAUUGAAACAUUAUUUACAGUGUUAUGAAUUAGGCAUAUACAUUUGUGCACAUUUGUUUUUUUGGUGGAGAAAGUGUGAAUGGAUUUAAAUUCUGUCACGUGCAUGUGUGUAUAUGUUCGUAAUAUAGACUUAACCCUUUAACUGCCAGUGAGGGCUGAAACACUGCAUUGCAUUCUCUGGCAGUCGGGGGGUUAACCUUUUGUGGUUCAAACCUUCCCCCCCAGGAGUGAGUCCCAUCAUUUUAAACUUUGCACAGUGGUUCCUCAGCAUCGCAGAACCUAAUGCCUUUGUGCAUACUAAGGCUCCUUAUAGAAAAAAUUUGUCUGUUGUAAGCUCCAGAUAAUUUAAACCUGUAUAGUAUACAGAACAUACUCUGUAAAUAUUUGUAACUCCAGAUAUAAUGGGUUUUGUUUUUGACUUGUGUUUUUAAUCUUGUUCUCUAAACCAGAUGUUUAAUUUCCUUCUUUAGAGCUUGUGGAUUGAGUUUAAUAUUUGGAGUACAGUGCCCCCUUGUAAGUGUCCUGAUUAAUUUUAGAACCUCACUGAAUGUGAAACCUGCAUUUUUAUGCCCCCCCCCCCCCGUGUAAUAUAUAUAUUUAAAAGAAUUGUACAGACUGAGCGUAUUCUGCAGCACUAAAGAAAAUUCUUUUAGUCUUGUUCCAAUAUUUCCCAAUUAAGGUGUACCCAGCAGUCUUGUCCUGAAAUGACCCAUGCCAUAAAACAGUUCUAGGGAUUAGCUGCAACAUUUCGGCAGUUCUUUAAACCUUCCCUUAUAGUGGGUUCCACAAACACACACCUCCUGAUUUUAGACUUGUAAGUUACAAACCUGUAGGUUGAGUUUUUAAGAGCCUUAAGUUUUAAAAUCCUUAUCAAUUUUGCUGCCACAAAAGAAAGUUAAAGCAGAAAAAAAUAAGUUGGAUUUCAUUUUGUUUAAUAUUUGAGAUAAUGGUCAUGAGUUUGUUUGUAUCUUUUAUUUUUAAAACUCCUGCAGUUUAAAACCAUUUAUCUGUAACUUCGUUGUCCAUGUAGCGUCACCUAAAAAGCUAGAUUUUAUGUAUGUAGUUACUUGCAGAGAAAUGUACAAUUCUGUGUUGGCAUUAGUGUCAAAAAUGUUCAGAUGCACCUGCAGACUCCCCAUAUAUUGGGGAAAAAGUUAUCAUUGCUCAAUCUACAUCUGAUUCAUUUUUUUUACCAUUCUCUCCUCUCUCUGAUGUAAAAACACUGAGAUAGGGUUGGAAUUGUUUUUUUAAUCUCUGACAUAGCUGGGCAUUUUAUACAAAUGACAACUCAGAAUGGUGACAUAAUUCCCCAUUUAAACAUGGUUGUUUUUGUUAUAUACAUUUGUCCCUCUCCCCAGAAAGGGUUAAGGUAGCAGAAAAUCUGUAGAGCGAUUCACUUUGUAGCACUUACACGAAAAACAAAUGCUCUGCCGCUCACUGGACAGUAUAAAGCCCGAUCAAUAAAUAUUUUUUUUAAUGGAAAUAUCCAACCCCAGAAUUGAAGGCAGCAGAGGGGUUAAACGUUUGUCUAAUGCAUAUUACUUUCCCUAGUAAUUGUUUUCUCUUGCUACUUGCUGCCAUUGUUGGCUUUUUAACCCCUUCAGUACUAGAGGAAUCUGUAAUACUUUGUAGAGCAGUGUACAGCUUACGUGCAGAACAAUGUACAUAUGUAGAAUUUUACUCUAGUGCUGCAAGGAUUAUAGCUCUUUCAGCCAUGCAACAAAUGGGUUUAUAUUUCAGUUUUUUCUCCAAUACAAUAUUUAGUAUGAAUGGUCUAAAUUUCUUUUAUUUGUGGUGAUAUUUUUAAGUUUUCCCUAAUUAUAUGUUCACUUUAGUCACGAAACUACUUCUUGCUGGAUGUGUGCGACUUGCUAGGUUCCUGUGGAUGUAGCUGAUCGUUUUUAUUUUGUAAAUAUAAUUACUUAACUUUACAUAAACUAUAUCGUAAUAAACUAUUUUUGCACCACCCUU